CUCUACUUUUUUUUUUUUUACAGCAACGUGUAUCACGAUUUUGAUUUACAAGCACUCUAUAAAUGAAUCGUUCUUACAGCAAAAAGCUGUGAAAAUUUAAUUAUCUUAAAUUGAAACCUCACUGAAAUAUGGAAGAAGAUCAACAUACCACUCCAAGAUCGUCGCGAAUAGGCCAAAGAAUAAUAUUGUUACCAUUGCCUGCUCAAGGUCAUCUUACUCCUAUAUUUCAACUAGCAUACACUCUUCAUAAUCAAGGUUUCAAAAUAACAAUCGUACAUCCGCAAACAUUGUCUCCUGAUCAAUCAAACUAUCCCCACUUCACUUUCAAGUCGAUUUAUGAUGGAUUUUCGGAUAUUCAUAAGUAUAUGCCGAAGAAACCAAGCACGAGCUUUUUCGUUACCUAUCUUAAUAACAACUGUAUGGAUUCAUUUAGGGAUUGUUUAGCUGAAUUAUUGGCCGAACCCAAUGAGCCUCCGGUGGCUUGUUUGAUCACGGACGCUGAAUACUACUUUGCUCAGGAUGUGGCCAACUCUUUGAAAGUCCAUCGGUUGGUGUUUUGGGCUUGCAAUAUUGUUUCGGUCCUUGUCUAUAGGGAUUUACCUUCUUUCUAUGAUAAAGGUUGCUUCAAUCUUACAGUAAAAGACUCAGAAUUUGAAACGCGGGUGCCAAAAUAUCCAAUUCUGAAAAUUAAAGACAUUGUAAAGAUUACAACUAAUCCAAAAUGUUCAGCAGAACUUCAAAGGAAUAUUGCUAAACAGAUAAAAGCAUCAUCAGGAAUAAUUUGGAAUUCCUUCAUACAACCAGAAGAAGCUAUAUUGGAAAACCUUAAACAAGAUUUUGGGAUCCCAGUAUUCACUUUAGGCCCACUUCAGAUGUAUCAUCCAGGUUUCACAAGCAAUCAGCUGCUUGAAGAAGACAGGACUUUUUUCUCAUGGCUAGAUGCUCAAAAACCCAAGUCUGUAAUAUAUGCUAGUUUUGGGAGCUUUGCAAAAGUAAGCAAGUCAGAGUUUCAACAAGUGGCUCAUGGGUUAGCCAACAUUGGCUUUCCAUUCUUGUGGGUGGUUCGACCCGGGGUUGUUGAGGGUUCAGAAUGGCUCGAGUGGUUGCCAGAGAAGUUCCUAGAAGAAGUCGCUGGUAAGGGGCACAUAGUGAAAUGGUGUCCGCAGAAUGAAGUUCUAGCACAUCCCGCGAUAGGGUGUUUUUGGACUCACAGUGGAUGGAAUUCAACAUUAGAGAGCGUAUGCAAAGGAGUUCCCAUGAUUUGUUCGCCUUGUAACGUGGGCCAACCCAUAAUUGCAAGAUACGUAAGUGAUGUCUGGAAGAUUGGCGUUUUGUUGGAAGAUGGUCUUGAAAGGAUGGGAAUCGAGAGAGCGAUCAAAAGAGUAAUGUUGGAUAAAGAAGGUGAAGAAAUGCGGAGAAGAAUAAGUCGUUUGAAGGAGGAGGUCACCAUCUCUUUUGAUGAAGGUGGAUCAUCACAUACGUCGCUAAAGAGUUUGAUUGGUCAUAUAUUAUCGCUUUAACUGCAAUAAUUCAUUUGUAAAGUUUGUUCUGUAUUCUUGAAAGGGAUUAGUGCAUGUAAUGUAAUCAACAAGAUGGUCUUGAAAGGAUGGGAAUCGAGAGAGCGAUCAAAAGAGUAAUGUUGGAUAAAGAAGGUGAAGAAAUGAGAAAAAGAAUUAAGUAAUUUAAAGGAGGAGGUAGCAAUCUCUUUCGAUGAAGGUGGAUCAUCACAUACAUCAGUAAAGAGUUUGAUUGAUUAUAUAUCAUCGCUUUAACUUUGCUUAAUUGGUUUGUUAUUGUGUGUAUCUAACUCUAAAUUCCUCUAUUGUCGAGUAGUAUCAAACUCUUAUGGCCACUCUCUAAUUCCGCCAUUACCAAAGAUGUUAAGUGUUGAAUUUACAGAUGUUCACAUA